AUGACUCCCCGCCAAUGCCGGCAUUUUGGGCGACGGUAUGAUAGUCUCGGAAAGCACACUGAAGAACUUCUGGAUGCACUCAACGAUGACAUUACUCGUUUCUCGAACAUGUCAGACUUCAACUACAGGAAAAAUCUCGCCCAUGCAGCUUUAUAUGACCUAAUUGAAAAAGCAGCAGGAAAAGAAAGAAGUGAUUAUCCACGAGAGGAAGAACCAAUAGAAACGCUGCAGCUUUUUACGGAAUGGUCCCGAGGAGAAUCUGAUGCGUGCGGUCGACCAUUAGCAACGCAGUCAUCUGAUAGAUAUACUACCGGCGAAGCGAUUUUUGUCGGUGAUUUGAAAGUAAAAGAUCUCGCCCACGCUGCAUUUGUGUUGUCUACAGAAGCUCAUGCAAAAAUUGCUGAGAUUGAUACCUCAGUAGCGUUACAACAACAGGGUGUACUUGGAUUUAUAAGUAUAAAGGAUAUUCCGGAAGGUGGCACAAAUAAUCCUGGUUCGCUUCCAUUCAACGUUCUUGGUGCCGAUGAUACGCCAAUAUUUUCCGGUGAUGAGGUCCAAGCAGUAGGGCAAGUUAUUGGUAUGGUUGUGGCAAAAGAUGUGAAUAUAGCCCGAAGGGCUGCGAAACUUGUAAACGUAAAAUAUCAGCUACAAUUGCCUGCGGUUCUAACGAUGGAGGAUGCUAUUCAACAAAAAUCCUAUCUCGCAGAUCCGUGGAUACUCGGUGUGGAGCAAAAUGUUGUUGAAGAAGAACUGGGAAAAAGCGAAAUUGUUCUUGAAGGAACAACAAAAUUUGGUGCUCAAGAGCAUUCAUAUAUGGAGACUCAGGGUUGUAUUGCGAUACCUGGAGAGGAUGACGAAUGGAUUAUUCAUGCAUCAACUCAAUCACCAUCCUUGUUACAACUGCAUACCUCUUCUGCUCUUGGUAUUCCUGCUCAUAAAGUAAUAGUUAGGGUCAAACGUGUGGGUGGAGCAUUUGGAGGAAAAUGUACUCAAAGCCUUCCGCCGGCCGUUUGUGCUAUUGUUGCGGCGAAUUCACUUAAAAAACCAGUAAGUGUUGUUAUGAGCCGGAAUGAGGAUAUGCUUAUCACUGGAAAACGUCAUCCGGCUAUGGUAAAAUACAGGAUUGGUAUCGAUUCGAACGGCAUAUUCAAGUGUGCCUAUCUUCGUAUUUAUCUUGAUGGAGGUUUUUCUAUAGAUAUGUCAGCGAUGGUGACACUUCUUUCGACAGCCAUGUCUGAUACAACAUUACGUAUUCCUGUGAUGAGAUCUGAAGGUUACACAUUAAAAACAAAUAAGACGAGUAAUACAGCAUUCCGAGGUUUUGGAGUUCCUCAAGCAUAUUUCGCUAUGGAUUGCAUCCUUCAACAUGUUGCACAUAAAGUAGGAAAAUCAGUUGAAGAGAUCCGAGAAAUAAACAUGAAUCCAGCCGGUGGAAAAUGUUUGUUUGGAUACGAAAUACUUAACGAUAACCUACUUGAUUGUUGGAGAGAAUGUAUGAAGAUGAGCGAGUUUCGGAGGCAAAAAGAAGAAGUAGACAAGUUCAACAAAAAUUCGGAACAUAUAAAACGUGGAAUAGCAAUGGGUACAACCCGUAUGGGCUUAACGCAUGCUGGUCCUUAUGAACAGGCUUCAGCCUUAGUACAAAUUUAUUUGGAUGGUACUGUAGCGGUAUCAAUCGGUGGAAUUGAAAUGGGUCAGGGACUCAAUACGAAAUGUCUUCAAGUAGCAUCUCGUGCACUGGAUCUUCCAAUAAAUAUGAUCACAAUAAUUGAAGCCGGAACGGAUAAAACGUGCAACGCACCGGAAACAGGAGGAAGUCAAAAUGCUGAUAUUCAUGGAAGAGCCAUACAAGCUUGUUGUGACAAACUUUUGGAAGGGUUACGACCAAUUUUGAAGGAAGAACCAGACUGGACAAAAGCAGUUUUUAAAGCUUACCAAAUGAGAUUACCAUUACAAGCGUCAGAACAUAUUCGGAUUGAUCGACAGAAAUAUGGGAUUCCGGAGGAGUCACCAACAUAUCAUACUAGUGGAGCGGCUUGUGUAAUCUCAGAGAUUGAUUGUCGAACUGGAGAGAAUAGGCUUCUAUCAGUCGAUAUUGUUCUGGAUGUUGGACGAAGUAUUAAUCCGGCUAUAGAUAUUGGACAAAUUGAAGGAGCUUUUAUGCAGUGUUAUGGAAAUAUGACAUGUGAGGAAUUGACCUAUGAUAAAAACGGAAAACUCGUGCAGAACUCGUUUUACAAGUACAAAUUACCAACAUCCGCUAUGACCCCUAAAAGGUUCCGAGUGAAACUCCUGAAAGAGUCCAGUACGUUCACCGAUCAAGUAUACUCAUCUAAGGGCGUAGGUGAACCCCCAUUAAUGCUAGGCGUGACAACAUUUGCCUCUCUUCGUUAUGCAGUCGAUGCACGUCGUCAGGAUUUAGGCCUUUAUGACUUCAUUGAAAUUUCUGCUCCGUUAACAGCAGCGAAGAUUAUUUUCCUUUGUAAUCCGUAA